GCCCUGCAAACUUACGCGACUCGUCGGCCGCCGUGCAUGACUUGGCGUGAUGAGCUUCCUCUCGCGCUUUGAGAACAAAAUCUCCACCGUGACCAUGCACGGCACCCUCCGUCGCGCCGACGGCGUCGAAGAGGUCCGCAGUGGCCCCAUGCGCAGAAAACCGCAACCGUCCGCCAUGGUUGUGACCCAACCCGACAACAAUCGCGACCACAACUCGGUCUCUGCCCGUUAUGACGACGACGACGACCAACAAGACAGUUCGUACACCGUCGUCCAAGCCUCUGCAAAAGCCACCUCCCAGCAUCCCCAGCAACUUGCCAAGCAACAACAACCUCCGCACGGGUCCUCCCCUCGACGCGGAAACCCCCAACCAUUGCCACCUGCGUCGUUGUCGCCUAAACCGACCUACACGACACCUCUCAAGCCAUCGAAGCCACCUCAAAACUCACCAGACGACGACGACCGAAAGGCCAGCAUAAGUACCCACGAUUAUUCCAAGCUAAGUACCCACGAAGAUCAGCUCGCGUUCAGCAAGAAGGCGCGGCCGGUCAGCUACGAGCCGUGCACGUUGUCCGAGUACCGACAGGAAAAGCACGACAAGUACUACGAACUGGGCAAACUGCAGCCAGAUUUGAACGCGACGGAGCUGGUCGAAAAGCGAGCCAACCAGGAACGCGUCAAGGAGUUCUCCAAGAACUUGCGCCAGAUCAACCAAUCGAUUCCCAAGAAGUCAGCAACGACCGUAGACGACAAAGCAUCGCCAAAAACGAUGUCCACGCGGGAUAAAGCAUUGGCAUUUGCCAAGCAAAACGUGCCCAAGCCCAAAACUCGCAAGGUGCCGAGCCCCGUGAAGCAGCAUGCUGCGCCGCGCAGGUCGUCUAAGGCCGCGCAUGUGGAUGAGACUGAAGAGGACGAUGGAGGACGAGUUGCUGGAGAAGAUGGGGCGUUCGUGAGCAACGUUAUGACAGAGCUGCAGCAACUCCAGCUCAAACACCGAGCUGCGCGAGCUCAGAUUGAAGCCCUCAUGCGCGAUGGCUAAGCAAUGAUGAAUACGUGAAAAGAUAUAUUAAUAUUCAAAACUAAUUGUAUUUUUUUAGAA